CGAGCAGGCAGGAGAAGCACGCACAUGCUUCAUUUCUGAACUUAAGGUCGCUCGAGCCGGAGGUUGACGCUCUGGAGAAGAAGGAGAAAACUCUGCCGUUUUAAUUGACCGUAAAUGAUAUAUUCUGUUUCGUACAUACAUCCCGGUGCCAUGUCAGUUCGUCGGGCCGGUUUGCUGCUCCUGUGCGCGGUGUUGGCGAUGACGCGUGCUCGCCGGAGUUCACCGGAGCAGGAGGAUGUUCAAGAGAAAAUCAACAGCGCUAGAUGCACGUCCAGGUGUCUCACUCUGCACAUGACUCAGCUAACCGCUGCCUUCAGACACAUCCAGAGUGACCAAGUUCUGGUUUGGUGUGAAAACCACAGACGCUGCGCUCAGUGCCUUCAGCCAUGCAAAGAACUGUGGGAAACCAGGAAGAUGCUUUCUCCAAAGACUUGUGAGAAACAGACAGAGUGUGUGACGAGCAGGGAGUUUUUGGCGUCUUUGAGGUCAUCCAGACAGGGUGACUGCCCUCCGCCUCAGCGAGCAACCGGAUUUGCCGCAGCCUGCGUGGAGAGCUGCUCGUCAGACCAACAUUGUCCCUCCCCCAGGAAGUGCUGCUCCAAUGGCUGUGGACAUACUUGCCAAGCCCCAGCCAAUCUGUAUAAAGGCGUUCCUCUGAAGCCUCGUAGAGAGAUGAGCUUCGUGGAAGAUUUGGAAGGUCAUGUGAAGGUGGUGUGGGUGUCAAAGUUCAAUGUCAGUGUGGAGCCAGUCAUUUACAUGCUCCAGUCCCGCUGGAACAUAGGCAUUCACCCCAGUGAAGAUCAUGCCUCUCCUUGGACCACCGUUGCCACGACCCUCUCUGAAGAUGUGGUUCUGUCAGAUCUGAGACCUCAACGUUGGUACCAGUUCAGAGUAGCAGCCAUCAACAGCCACGGCAGCAGAGGCUUUACCACACCCAGCAAACACUACAUCUCCAGCAAAGAUCCCUCCCCUCCAGAACCUCCAAUAAAUAUCAGAGUGAGCAACCAGACUCUGGACUGGACGGGUUCACAACCAGGGUCCCAGCUCACAGACAGGUCAAGGGGAAAUGAGGUCACUGUGACAGUCUUAAUACGCUGGGAACCUCCCAGGGAGGGUGACCUGCCAGUCCAUAACUACAGAGUCACUUGGAUGUCUCGACAUACACACACAGCACACAAACGCACACAUUCACUGCAUGCACAUACACAUACAAUGCACAACAACAUGCACACACGGCUUACACACACACCAGAACAGGGUAAAAAGGAGAGCAACAGCAAAGUGACUCAGGGGGCGCAGUGUGAGCUGUGGCUGCAGGGUUUGCUGCCCGCUACUUCUUACUUCCUGUCUGUCCAGACAGUGGCCUACUGGGGUCAGAAGAGACUGAAGAGUCCCAGAGCCCAAAUUGUUUUCUCUACAGUCACUCAUACAGGAGAAGACUACUCCAAUGAGCUCCCCUCUUCCUCCUCCUCAUCUUCAUCCUCCCUUCCCUCAUCUCCUUCCCUCUCAUCUUCCUCUCCUUCUUCCCCAGACCUCCCACUUUCAUCUUCUCUCCCUCAACCUGAAUCCCCCCUUAACCCCGUCACCCCUGGUGACCUACGCCUGGAGGUUGCUGCCCCUCAUUACCAUAAUGAUCAGCUGCAGGUCAAGGUGUUCUGGAAAUGGUCUUACCACGCCAGACAGAGACACCCGGGUCCAUACAUUUUGCGGUGGCGUCCACAUACCUGCAGCACUAAUAUUACAAGCACAGAGAGAACAACAACUGUGCAGGGUACCCAUCACACCAUCACAGGUCUGCUCUUUGCCUGUAAGUACCGGGUCACUGUGGCAUUGCAGACUGACCUGGGAUCAGAGGCCGUUGCCUGGGUUACAACCCCGACUUGCUCCUCCAUCACCGUCAGAGGAGGCAAAGCUUUGCCCUGCAACACCGAGGAGCGCCUCCUGGCAGGCAGAAAAGUGGUACUGCGUCCAGAACGGCUGACCGCAGAUUUCAAACAAGUGAACGGCACCCUGCUCACCACGUUUCGCUGGAGGAUGUCCCAGCAUGCACUGGACCCGGCAGCUGUUGAGGGGUUCCAGUUCACCUGGACGAUGCAGUCAGGGGUUAACAUGGCAACUGAAGGCCAAGACGACACUCUUAUCUCUCAGACGCAGACAAUCGCACCGUCUCAGCGGUUGGUGGUAGUUCAGGGUCUCCAGGGUGACAGUGUUUACCAGCUGCAGCUCCAGGUGUUAACAGCAGGGGGCACCAAUGGCGCUGCAGUCUCAAAGACCAUUCACACCCCAGUGAUUGAUUCCACACAGUGAUAGGUCCCAACCCUACAGUCCCCAUCUGCUACACCACUGCCAUCUUCACCAACACCCACUUUUAUACUGUCUUCCAAAGUGCAACAAGGUUUCAUCACAGUUCAACUUCAAAAAAUGUGACCAAAGCUGUAAAAUAUAGAAAUGUCUUCUUUGUAAAGUUGAUCAUUUGCUAACAUGACAGGUAUUUCCUACUCAUAUUCUGUCUCUCUUAUACUUCAAUCACCUUUCCAACAUCAGGAAAGUUGUGCGCUUGCUCAAAUGAAAUAAAAAUGAUUUGUAUUUCAGUCAUGAAUCAGCUUACCCAAGUCAAUAUUGUUUUGUAAAAAAUGUAAAAGAUGUCAAUUUAAAAAGCUCUCAGUACUCACAUAUAGUCUCAACAGUGAAACUUGUAUCUCUGCACCACACUUCUUCAGUUUUUCAUUAGAUCUGCAGCAUUUUUCUAAAGAAUUCAUCAUGGCAUUAGUACCACAGUUAAUACUGCAGCAUUGCAUGACAUGUAUAUGAAAAGUGCUUGGCUGCAUAUAUUCAUGUUCAAUGUUUAGAUUGGACUAAUAAGGUCAUUUCUAAUCACUUGACAUCACUGGAGCCAAAUGACACAUGUAAAGAGACAUUGUAUGCCUGUUGUUUAUCAUGCAAGUAGAGAAUAAUAUAGCACUGACCUUAUGUACAAAUAGAAAUGUAUAGCAAUAGAAUGACUGUGUUUAUUUCAAUGCAUUAUCUUUGACAUCAGUGGGUGUGUAUGCUGAAGCCUUGAAGUAAGCUCAGAUAUAUUUGAAUUUUUUCAUUUGAUGUUUUAAAAAAGCUUAUUUCUUUUUUGUUUUUUGUGUUAACUAUAAUUUGUCUGAAUUUGCUUGUUUGAUACAUUUUUGGCCUGCUCCAGCAUUAAUAUGCAUCAUGCUUCACCCAAACUGUGAUAUGUGACAUUUCCACACAGUUAAUAUAGCUAUGCCUGUGUCAAUUUGUGACAUUGAUUUGAAAAGGCUGAUAAUUAUUAUGUUAAUAUGCCCUUUUUAAUUACCCUUGUUUUUGUUUACUUUGACAUUUUACUGUUUAUAAUUUUGUACUUAAUUCUUUUACUCAUUGACAGUUAGUCUUAUUUAUUGUUAUCCUGUCUUUGUUUUUUGUAAUUAAAUGAUAUCAAGAUACAA